ACUUUGUUUUGUUUUACAUGGUUAGCGUCGCCUAAGUCAGCUAAGCAUCAACAAUUUUUGUUUAGAUAAAUGGGUGCAUUUUGACGUGUAGAACGUGUGUGUGCGGCUAUACGUGCCCCAGUCAGCCGCAGCCCCGCACCUUUUGGCUUUGUGACGUCAACGAGAGAAUUACCUUGAAUUUCAUCACGUCGCGGUUUCCAAAGUAAUAGCGGUGCCAAAAAUGCGAUGUGAGGAAUAAGACAGAGUGCAGCAAGGUUCCGGCAUGUCGCAAGAUCGGAAAUUUGGAACCCCAGCAAACUUUCAUGCCGCUUACACAAUCUCUUCGGUUGUAGACGGCCGGAGGUUCAUGCGAAGGCCAUAUACAACGUGUCACAUACCACUAUUUAUGUUUGAGAUAAUCACCUGAACUCCUACCAACAGUGUAUAACUACAUAUACGACUACUUCAGUACAAUACCUUGUGUCACAAGGCCCAGAUUUUGUCUAAAAUACGCACUCAAACUGUUUGCGCAUAAAGUGGGCUUCGCCACUAGGCUACGAAGCAUUGCAACGAAAGCGGCUGAACUUGAAAGGUCUGUCGCGAUAGGAAUGGCCUAUCCGUAAAGCUUAUCACACAUGCUCUUUCUGAAUUAAUCCAUUCAAUAAAUAGCUACGAACACUUGCGUUUGUUCAUAGGUAUAAGAAAGUGAACUUAAAACACGAAACCGAAACUGCGCAUCCAUAGCAUACUGUUUCACUGGUUCUCAGGUAUAAGAAAAACUAGAGGCAGCCCUAUGUCAAGAAGCACGGCGGGCCAAGACACGCGUACUUGCUCGCGGCUGUCGAAACUCUAAUCACGUGAGAAACUUAGGCGAGUGACAGCUGCUCGUGCGCUCUGAGCGAAGCGAGAAAAUAAAAUAGCCACGAAAAACAAAACAAGAACCCCCUUCCCUGAAAUCGCCAUCUUGUGUCACGUGACGCAUGACGUCGUUAUGGCGGCGGACAGCAGCCAUCAAGCAAAAAAAGAUGGCGCCGAGUGAAAGCCAUCCGUAGCAAGCAAAGCGAGCGAUGUUACGCGAAGCUCUUCGCUGAUCCGUAUCACCUGGCCCGCUUGGAUGCCGCUCCUGGGCCGCGACUGUCGGCAAUUCCGUGGUGCCCCAUCGGCCGGCACAGUCGGUCGGCUAGCCGUCUCCGGACCCGCGGAAACAGCAGCCGUCGCAGGCAGCGUCGGCGAGUAAUAAAAAUAACAAGCCCAGGGCGCUUUGUAUCCCCUUCCGCGACGACAUGGCGGGUCGCGGAGCGCUCAAGUCCCAGCCCGGCUCGGCCGCCUGCUCCUACGAGGGAUUUGACAAGCUGUCCAGCAGCACGCUCAAGAGGCACCCUAAGAUGGAACUAUGUAAAGCUGACCUCCUCAAGCUACUCAGCGUGCUUGAGGGUGAACUUCAGGCUCGAGAAAUUGUGAUCGCUGUACUGAAGGCCGAGCAGGUGAAGCAGCUCCUGUACCCGCGAAAGGCAGGCGCCAACGGGGCAUCGGGCAGCGACCCCUGGGCAGCCCUGCAACGAGACGUGCUCAAUGCCUACGAUGGGCGAUUCGACAUGACCUCGGUGCGAGCUCUACACGGUCUUCAAUUGCACCACUUGGAACAACUCAUCGCGUUGCACCGGCGGGUCCAGGCGCGCAACCGAGAUGAGCUCCGAGCAUUGGAACAGCGCUGUGCAAAGCUCUGCCGGGAGCUGGAAGAGGAGAAAGGGAAGCGGGCACAAGACACGGCCCAGGGCGACAACGUCACCUUUCUGCUAGAAAAGGAACGAGAGCACCUUCGCCACGAGGUGGACCUCGAGAGGCAGCAGAGCCGGAGGCUCGAGAAGGACCUCCAGCAGGCGAAUGAAGCACUUGAAAUGGAGCGAAGUCGACAGAAGCAGAUGAUAUUGCUCCUCCUGGCCGAAAGAAAGCGGUUAAUUGUGCGGCUAAUCCAAGAACGGCAACGGGGAGAUCAACUUCUUCAGGGCUUAAAGGACGAAAAGGCUCGGUCGUCCGAAAUGGUGGAAGGCCUGGAAGAGGAGAGUAAACGGUCGCUCCAGAUGGAGGAGGAACUGGAGCGGCAAGCAGCGGACUUCGAGCUGGAGAGGGAACGCUUCCAGACACAGGUGGCUGAGCUGAAGGCGCAGAAUGCCCAGCAGCAGUUGGAGCUGGAGCGACUGCGGCAGGAGGCGGAGCGCUUGGUUCCACCCCCUGCACCCGCACCUCCACCCCUCGGAGAAGGGGUCCGCAGCGCCACCAUCAUCACCCCUGCCAGCGCACCUGCACCCACUGUCAGGGCGGCUGUUCCCACUCCGACCCCGCCCCGGGGGGUGGCAGUCGGCCCCAAGGUCCCGCCCUCUGCAACCAAGGCUCCUCCCCCGACAGUGCCGCAGGUGCCGCCAAAGCCGACGCCCGACCGGACUCUGGUCAAAAAGCCAGUAGGACCGGCGACACCAGGCACAGCUGGCAUGGCGUCAGCGACCGGGACCAUUCUGAGGCCCACCCCGCCCCCCGUGCCGCCCAACAAGCCAGUGCUCCAGCGCAAGGACCUGGGACCGAAGCCUCCUGUGCCACCCCGCACGGUACCAGACACAAGGGUGGGGCCUGCUACUACAGCCUCUGCGUCGGGCCUCGAUCUGAUUGGACCGGAACUGGCCGACUUUCAGAGCGUUCUGGUCUCCAUGGCCAUGGAAAAGCCAAACAGUCCACUGCGCAGUGGUUCCUAGAGGGCCAUAGAUGUCUAGCAAUUUUUUUCCUAUUCAAUCAUCAGCCCCCGAUAGGGUAGAGAGCAGAACCAUCAACAUUAAUAGCACUGGGUAGUGAGAAAGCAGUAGGAUAACAGCUAAUUGCCAACUACGCAUCGUAACUUUGUCAGGAUAUGAUAAAGUUGGUAAAUUUCGGGUACACUUAUCAUGUCUGUUUUCGAGAGGGGGGGUGGAUCAGGCCUGUUAGAUCUCCUGUGUUGGGCAGGUCAUAGAGCAUUGUGGAAGUCUUGCAUCUUGCUUUGGCCCUACAAAUUAUCAUCCUUAGCAUGUAGAAACAUUUGCUUGCUUGUCUUUGGCUGACAUUGGAAGAGAAUUCGUCUUUGAUCGCGUUAGUUACAGGGUAUGUCAAAGCCAGUGCCUUUUCGACAUUUUGACGUUAGUCACAAAAAGUGAGCAGAGGUAGCAUUUCUAUUCAAUGGGAAUCCCAUCUUCUGGCUUUCAUUCCCACUACGCUGAGGGCCUGUUUUUCCGGGCACACAAAAUGUUGCCAUCAUCCCAGAGUCCUUCCUGUGCCAGAUAUUGACCCUUUUCGACCUGAGGUGGCUCCUUCAGUGUCUCCUGAUUGUUGUUGCGGCAGUGGACAUGCAAGAUGGUUCGCUGCAGGGAAGCCAAAUAACCUUGUGGAUGUCUGGCACCUUAAUUCCAUUGUGACAUCCGUCAAAUUGUUAGCCCUGAUAGACGGGAAGGUGAACAUUGGACCACCGACCUGACAAAUAUUUACUUCAGGCAAACGGAAAUGCAAUUGCACACUAAGUACCCUUACAGGGUACUUUGAAGUCUGUGGCCUGUUUCUGCAGUUUGUCUUGCAUUGGUCUUUGCAAAGAGUGAGGCCCCUGGAAGCACAUUAGUCCACAUUUUCAUCUUCAUUCCUGAUUUGCUCAACCUUCCACGUAGUUUCCCAACCGCCUGAGAUAGUAAACAUGGUAAUUACUGUUUCAUUACAACCAGAUGCGUCAAAACAACUGCAAAAUGUUUUUCGAAGAUAUGAUUGCAUAGCUGUGACUUCUGUUGCUUGUUCAUUUGAACGAUGCAAUGUAGUUGCUGCCUUUGCUGGUAAACUGCAUUUAGCACCUCUUUAAAAGGUUCUUGUUUUGUUGUUUUCCUGUACCUCAACAGCCAUGACUAUGUGAUCUGCCAAGGAGGGCAGCUAAAUUUGAUGCAGCUGCACUUUUAACAGAAUUGUAGUGGCUGCUUCAAUUAGUCUCCACUGCAGCAAAUAAGUACCUACAAUCAUCAGAGUUCUUCUUACGGGUCGCAUUUUGCAUGGCUACCUGGGAUGAAAUAAUCUUGUGCAAAACAUGGGUGAGCCAGAUUUGAACAUGUGGUGUCAUGUAUGCAGCCACUGUCCUCACCAGCUGACCUGCGGUCUAUUAUGUUCUGUUGACGUCAGCAGUUGACACGUAUCAAACAAACACAUGGUCUAAUCAGGCUUGUACUAUACAAAGCAUACUUCAGCCAUUAGGGCUAAGGCCUAAAGGUCAACUGUUGGUCCAUUGUAUUUCUUCAAUUCCACUGAGAGGCCUCACCUCAUGGCAGGUCAUCGAUGUUGGUUUCUCAUCGAGCUGUUUUUACUGAACCGGCACUUUGCUGGACAGUCUGUAGAGCUUGUCAUUUCGCACAUUCAUCGUCGUGUUGCUGGUUGGUCAUAACUAUGUAGGUGUCACGGUCGUUAGUCAUUGCUGGAUGGCUUUUAAUGAACUGGCCAUAGACGCUCGAAAAGCCAAACGCACAAUGUCUUUACUUUUUCCCAUUACGUUUCCGACCUCAUUCUUUAUUUCGCACAGUUGUUUAUUUGUAUUAGUCGCAUCAGGCAGGCUGUUUGUAAGAGGGUUUGUAAGGUUGACACCUUGUCACGUAGAGCCAGUAAAAAUAGAGAUGAAACACAGUAAAGGAGGGGCCCGGAAAAAAAACCCUUGUAAGGCAGAAUAAUCGUUACAAGGGUUUUCUUUUCUCUCUCUUUUUCUUCAGUGUAUUUUCUUGCUUUGUCCUUUUUAUGCUGUUUCCUCGUGACAAGGGUGUUUGUUCUUUUGUCUCCUCCUUUUUGUGUGUACACUGGUACUGCUUUCAACAUGAGACGACUACUAAAUUUUAUUUGCUCCAUUAUAAUUGCAUCCUACAGGGUAGUGAGGUCUAAUUCUGACUGCCCUCGUUUGACAUUCUUUUAAGGCCUGUUUUACGGUUUUUUUUGUCAAUGUGCCAUAUAUUCUGUGCUGACAACAGCUUUGUUUUGCGGCAUGGGACUUACUCUUUUUCGCAAUAGAGGGAACUACAGCUUUUGUUACUACUUUUACACAUUGAGCACAGGUCAUGACCAGUAGAAGCGUGCCAAGAGCAGUGGUCGGUUAUUUAUGUUUUUGUGACUGUUCUCAAUUGAUGGAAGAUUUAAAAAGAAAUGUUUAGCUUUUAUAAAAAUAAUUACUGUUAUGUGUUCUUAUGGCAUUGCCACAUCAACUUGUGUUCUUUUGGUAAUGUAUGUGCUUUUUUUUUGUUACUGAGUGCCUUUAGUGUAGAUAUGUGUAGAUAUGUGAGCCAAGUGCUUAACAUAUGCAGGUAACACAGGUAUGUGCAGCUUCUUGCACCUGUGAGGCACUGGCUCUAGUAGUAGAAAUGGGCAGCAUCCAAGUAGCCCAUUCCAUUGCCUGGUUGAAAUAGUGGCAUCUGUUCGAAAGAGGCUGUUGCAAAGCUGUAACGAGCGGGGCAUGACUGCGUUACUGUUGUUGCGACAUGUGGUUUUUCUUGGCAAGUGAUGGCAGCUUCAAAGUAAACAAAGGAAACCUGUACAGAAUGAAAAGCUUCCUUGUAUGUGUGUAACUUGUGUGUGUAAUCAUUUGAUGAGUGGAAACUGGUGAAUGGCAAUGUGGAUAGUGAAUUUGUCAGAGAAAAUAAUGUGUUGUUUCUUCGUUACGAAUUGUUCUCGUUCUGUUCACUCGCAUCGAAGUGUGCAUUUUGGAUUUCUAGUGUUAUGUGCACUCACAAGCAUGAUAUGACAAGUGGUGCAGUCAACGACCGGUUAUUCGGACACUGAUAAUUCGGACGUGCUUGGUCAUCCGGACAACCCCACGGCACCGCUAUUAGCCCCAAAACCUUAAUGUAUGAGGAGAGAGAGAAAUAAACUUUAUUGUUAGACCAGGCUUCUUGAGCCCAAAGGUGGGUGGCCUCCUCAGUCCAGGUAGCCAUGGCUCGCUGCCGCCGCCCGAACCCUGUUCACCAACCGCAGCUGGUUGUCAGGGUCUUGCGUCACCAGCAGAACCUCCCACUGGUCUUCCAAUUCUUCCUCUGAAUCCGCUUCUUUCUGCAUGUUAUCGCCUAGUGGUGACGAUGACGGUGGCGCUUCUCAAUUGUUCCUGCACCAAAAUUUCGGACACCUCACGUUGCGUCAUGUGACAAUCGGAACUCCGACUGCAGGACAGUGUGCUAAUGUGGCCACCGAUUCAAGCAGAAAAAGCAGUAUUUUCGUUUCGAGGUGUCAGUGACGUAGUUGUUGGCCAUCUUGCCGCAGCUCUGUGAAACUGAAACAAGCGAAGCCUAGUCGAAAGCGCUCCCGUAGAACUGCCCGCCUGAUACUUCCCACCUCGUUUGGUUUCUUUAUGUCAACAGGUUGACUGCCAGUGCGCGCUUCUUAUCAUCUUGCCUCGCGAAGGUCAUGUCUCUGCUAGUAGUCGCCACUGAGAAUUCAGUGGACGCAUUCACUGCUUUCGUCUAUCUGUAGUGACAGCACGACAGUGGUCGAGAUAAGGGCGAUGAUUUUUAUAGCGACGCCUUCUGCUUGAUUCUACACCACUCUUAUCAUCCGCUGUCCAUGGCUGGCUGAUCCUGUUGAUUAUGCAUGCGGAGUAUCGCUGUGACCACUGACAAAGCUCGAAAAGCGUGAAAUGGAAUAGCAUAAAAGGCAUUACUAGGAAACUACGGCCACGGAAUGUCUAGACCAAGUGCAAGCAUAUCCGCACGCAGCAACCUGCGUUGACAAACUUAGGCCGUAUUCUUGAACGAUCACUUUCGAAAGAUACCUUCAUUUUCUUGAUACUUUGCAUGACUAGCACCAGACGUGUCUAUGGGCAGCUGCGUUUCCACACAUUGAUAAGAUAGCACAUUUGGCAGAGCGCCAAGAAUGGCGUUGCUCGUAGACGCCGGGGUUUUAUAUGCUAGUCAUGCGAAAGAUAGCGUGCUUGGUACUGGGCCAAGACUACCAUUUCUCGCAGACACCGAUGUGUCACAUGCUAGUCACUUGAAGGAUAGCGUGCAUGGAACGACCGAGAAUGACGUUCCUCCUAGGCGCCGACGCGCCCUGCGCUAUAGACCGUUUUUUCGAAGGCGCCGCCAUAUUGUGAACGCAGUGGCGCCGCCUAUGAGCAGCGCCAUACUGGCUUGGGUGAAAGCGGUCUUUUGCAUGGCAGGUAUACGCUCGGCGGUAGGUUGUGGUGUUUGUUUUCGCGGUCGUGUGGUUUGUUUAGUAUGACGCGCGUAUUCUACGUGGUAAACGGUUCUGUGAGACGUGCUGAAGUGGUUUAGGGCGUCAUGGCCGGAAUUUCUGCUGGCGUUGAGGUGGGGACGGAACACGCAGCGCGAUGUGCGCGCGCAUAUUUGAGCCUACAAUCAGCCUCGGAGAUCAAUUGUGUAUUUCCGAAUGUUCCAAUCAUUAAUGUGACCUUAUUGCAGUAUUAUCCUCUAUUUCUAAGCUGCGGUUUAGGAGCCAUUAAACAUAUGCGACAAUAGUAACAGCGUGGGUACCGUUCUGCUACUAUAGGAGCUAUGAUGUUAUACUUUGACACGCGUUCAAACUGUUUGCUGCAGGUUACAUUGCGUGACUACUUGGUUCGAUGGAUGAGGUUUCCGCCCCUGAAUAAAAUAGUUUUGGCAAGUAAUAGCAGCAUACCUUACAGUCUGAAUUAAGCUUGUCCAGCAAAUGGACUGUUUACGAACUGCGCGAGCGUCCUAAGCAGUGGUAGGUGCUGGAUUACCAUAUAUAUCUUUGUUCUAUAUACCGCAUGGUCCAAGCAUACGGCAUCAGUGGUUAUAUAUUUAUAAACGUUGUGCGGCGUGACUAUGCGAGGUCCUGUUGCGGCGUUAGCCGGUUUUCUCUUGCUUUUUCGUGAAAGAUGAUGAUAACUGAAUUUUUUUUUUCGGUUGUGUUCGUUCCGUUCUCUACGACGCACUCACACGUAUUACGGAAAUUUUGUCCUCAAAAAUAGGCAUCGCAUUCGUUUUAUGCGAUCCCUCUCAUAUAUUAUGGCCGUGUGCAGGCCAAAAAGGCAAUGCCGAAGCGCACAACUUACAUAUGUGUCGUGCUGGUUCACCAGCCGCAGUAAUCGCGGUGUUGAGCAGCGCCAUCGGCCUCAUGCAGGAAGGCUAGCGUAGACAUACGGUAAUUUGAAGCCUACUAGACUUGAAAUGCGCGAGAACGAUGCCGGUGCAUCACAAAUAUUUGAUAGCGCCUGCCACUUUGAUGUUUCGUGGUUGCCUUAGGUUGGCCGUGCACGAACAUGCGCUCUUAUGCUUUAUGUUUUACUCCCUAUGCCAAGCGAUUCGAUAGUGAGCAGAUUUACGAUUUCAUGCUGCUAAUACAGAGACACUGGUUUUCUUUGUUGAAUUAAAACCGAUAUAAGCAAAAUAGUUCACAACACAUACACACACUGCGACUGAUAAUGUGUGUACACCGCGGCUGAUAAAACGCGUCACAUUUUUGUGUCCGCAAGAGAUAUUUCCGCCUACUGUAGUUACCGACGCACCGAAAGGCUUCCUUGACAACCUUAUAUGAACGGACAUGGCAUAAAUUUCACAAAGUACGAUCUAAAGCAUUCCGAAAUCGUUCCGCAGCACGCGACAGCAAUACUUUCAAGCAGCGCCGCGCCGGAUCACCCAAGCCAGAGAGGAGGAAAGGCUCUCCGCGAGCCCUAUCCUCCUCGCCCGAUGAAACGGUCUAUAGUCGCACAAAAUUGAAGGUUUCUCCGAAAGUGACAAUCAGAGAAUACAGCACACCUGUUUUGGCCACUUGUGAAGUAAAGUCACUUAUUUUUGGGCCAAUCCAGUACGCAUUGUGGACUCUCGAUUAUUCGGACCAUUUGGUGGUCCCCAUUGUGUCCGAAUUGUCGGUCGGCGACUGUAGUGCCUUCUUUUUGUUUAUCCGAUGUCUGAUACCUGUGCUGUGUGCGACGUUUGACAGCCGUUGUUAAGUUUGUUGGCAACCUGGGUUUCACAUUGUAACUCCUCUGUUGUGCUCGAUAUGUAACCGGCGGCAGUGUGCACAGUUUUUGUUCAGGACGUGCGCUGAACUUAGUAGAUAGUCUCGUCUGUGCAUGGUUCUUGUUGUACCCUGCAUGCGUGUGAAUGCUGGUGGCAAGUUCAUCGCGGAGUGGCUCUCGAAAACGGCCCCUGGUCUUGCGCUUUCUUCGAGCGCCGCUGUCUUGUCUGCACGUGACCUUCAAGGACCCCCUCACAUUCUUCUCUGCACGGAAGCAGCAUGGAUCGGCAGCCUGUCACUGGGCCUUUGCACAUUCUCAAGGGUGGAGUGCAGAGGUGAUAAAUUGCUGGGACUGCUUGUAUUUUGCUACGAUCCCUCUCUUCCCACCUGUGCGGCGGCAGCUCGGCGCAUACAAAACCAUGCAGAGUGAAUGCCUUUGGAAUGCCUCGGCUUCGCUUGCGGGUUGGACGCUUCUGGUGGAUGCUUUGGCCGCCCCCCCCCCUCCUACCCCCUGCUGCUGCUGCUGCUGUUCCUGUUCCUUCAGUGCACCUUCGAUCGCUUUGGUCUGGUCACAUCGUCGACGCCGACGCCUGAAGAUGAGAGAAGGUAGUGCCAUGAACACGUCUGCCGCGAGGAGGACUCUCAGAGGCUUAGUUUGUCCUGAAUAAUAGUGUGUGAUAGUAACACUAAAGCAUCAGGCUGGGAAUGGCAUGUUUUACGGCUGACAUUGCAUACUGGUGACUUUUUUCAGACUGUAGUGAUUCAGUGAUGCCAGGAAAGCGAUAGAGAUAAGAUAGAGAAGGUGGUAAUGUACAUCAAAUCCCCGAAGCAGCCCUCUGUGAUGUCACAGGUUCCGGAAACAUCCUGCACGGGCUAACAAUUACCGUUUAGAAAAAUGCUGUAUCCUUAUGGCUAUGACAGCACCAUGAAUAUAAUGCGAGGGACAACGUUUUGCAACUCAGUGAAAACUAUUUUGCGUAGCUGUAGUUGUAGGUUUAAAAAGGGAAAAAAAAAAAACGUUUAUCGCAGGCUUAUGAGCCAUAUGGGCUGUGGGUAAUGGUUAGUGCUGUAUGCAAGGACAUGCUGCUUUGGAAUGCAUGCACUUUGGGCAACUGUGUCCAAAUAGUUCGGGCUUUGUAAAUGCUGGGCUGCUUUGAGCUCCUGCUUUCUUUCCACAUCCCGUUACAUUCAUCUGUAUUCUCUCUACGCCAUUGAAAUUGUCCUUUCUGCAAAACUCGGUGGUCUGGUGUUGAAGCCUCGUGCUGCUCUUUCCUAUAAGUGUGAAAUUUUGAAGAAAGAAUACUAGCUUUGCUGUAAUGAGAGCAUGAUUGCAGAUUUAAUGUGACAUGCUUUUUCAAGCUGCUAGUUACACUUGAAAAAAAAAUCUUGAGUUAUAUUCUUGUGAAUAGAGCAUUAACUUUGCAGCUCAAAAACAAAGGUAAGCUUAACCGGACAUCUUCUAGGGGGACUUCUUUCUAGAGAAAAGCGAGCAAAAUUUGCGAGGAGACCACAGAAACUGUGACAUCACACUGUGGCGUCACCGACACAAGAGUUUGAACCUUACAUUAACCUCCUAUUGUCCUUGGAAGUCUUUUGUUUCUUAGAGAACAAGCACAAAAUGAAUCUUGAGCCAUAAUCUCUUACUCAAAUGCAACUUAGCAUUCAGUUUUAGCCUUGCUUUAAAAGCAGCAUUGGCAGUGAUGGCAUUCCUGCUCACAUAAGGGGCAGAAGAUGCAGCGCCUGGGUUGCUGCUAGACUUCAUGGAGUGAAAUGAGGGUAUGAUCUGCUUGUACAUCUUUAAAUGUGGUGUGCACCUUCUAGGGUGUAAUCUUGUUAUGAAAAUAAGAUUGUGUUAAGUGCUAUUCACACCGGCGACUACAGGUCACGUGACUGACUGCGACUGGCGACCAAAAGUGACUAGAGGCGGCCGAUGUUUGCAUUGGCAAGUGCAACCGGCCAUUCACCACACCGAAAUGCCCUCUGAUAUGUCGUUCACGUUUACUUGCAAGGCCAUUGCCCCGUAAUAAAAGCGUCAUCAUAUACAGACGUCCUGUUUCUGCUCAUCUGAUUGGUUCAGCAGUUUCGCAUCUGCAGUCACACAACUGAAAAAUCGAGCAGCGAGCAAGGGUGCUAUAACGUAAAACUAUUCCAAACAUUUCUAUUCAGAUUCUGCAAUCAGCCCUCCGCGAUUGGUCAAAAACAUUUAUGGACCGCCUCCCCUUCACCUGUCUUGUCACGCGACGUCGCGAAAACCGCGAUAACCUCCCAUCUGAUAUGACGUGUGCCCACUGAUUAUGCAUGAUUUGACCGAACAAUAGAAAAAUAGUUAUUUCUGAUUCGACGCCUUUUUGCCAUUAGCCUUCGGGUAUUGGUCAAAAGUUUUCAGGCUGCACCAACUUCACCUACCUCUCGCGCGACGUCACAAAACCACAAAAACUUACCGCGUCAAAGUGACGUGUACACGCUAAAGGUGCAUUAAUAUGCCGAACAAAACUGAAUUUUCUUCUGAAUAGCGACAGGCUGCCCCGUUUCGAAAGGAAUAAAAGAUGGCUGCCGCCGAUCGUUCUGGUACUGGCUACUCACCCCUGCCGGAGAGCAUGGGUUUAUUUGCGUGUAAUGAAACUUUGCGUGGCUGUGUAAUGUUUUCGAAAACUUUCGGCACGUUUGCGAACUCAUUCUGCCAACUCUUCUUUGCUGAGGAUCCGUUUCAGUGUCAUUCUUAAGCUUCCGUUGCAUGCCGCCGUGAUUGUCGACGAGCCACCGCAAGCUAAGUAAGAGAAAGCGGACCAAUAGCAGAAACGGGCAGCAGCCUCUUCCUCUGGUUAUCGAUUUUCAGUGCAGUGGCUCGGCCCCAUCGAAUUCCUCUCCACUUGAGCGUGCUCCUCGCCUCUUGUCAGCCAAUUAGGUAAGACAAGCCGCUCAGUGUGAACAAUGUUAUUCGUUUUUCAGGCAAACAAAAGUGACCUCCUAUGAACGAGGGGAGCAUUUGAUUGGUUUGUUCAGACAACCCUGCGGGUGACCACCCAAUGCUUGCAUCGGCGGUUACGCAAAUUUGACGUCAGCAGAUUGGAACAAAAACAUAUUGGAAUAGUUUUAUGUUAUGCGGCCCCAACUGGCCCAAAAUGGUCGCUUUUCAAGAAAAGUGACCAUUUGCAAUGAACUUGGUUGUGCAACCACUGUCAGCCGCUGGUGUGAAUUAGCCUUUAGUCGUGUAAAUUGCCUUUCUUUAACAGUGUGUGCUUAGUACUUUGUUGUCAGGAACAGUAAGGGAAGCAGACUUGCAAGUUGAGCUAGUUGAGGAGCAUUUAUGUAAAAGAAAAAAAGGAACUUUGGGAUGAUAAUAUGCGUACAAGUGUGACAGGGAAAUGCCGAUUGUUUCGUUCCUGUCUAUAUUGUUAACCUUCACAUUUUUUUUUUAUACAUUAAGGUAUGCUGAGACGCACAUGAUGUUCCUGACAAUGAAGUGCUGGGCAUGCAGUGUUUUAACUUAAGAAAAAAAAAAAGACAAAUACUUUGAGUCCAAAGUUGCGGGAGAGCCCAAAGUUGCAGAAGCCAAGCUGCCGAAAGAAUGUAUCUUUCAGAGGACUGUGCAGUACGAAAAGUGUGAUUUGGUGUUCUAAGUGCAGACUACAAGCUUAGUGUAAAGAUGUAGACUACCAAGGAAUAGUGGUUACACUGUUUCUGGAGUCAUUAGGACAGGCAGCACCUGUGUGAUGUCACGCUGCGUUUCAACCCUUUCUCUCUUCUUUUAAAUUUUAUUUUCUUGUGCCAAUUUUUUUCUAAGUCGUUGCCUUCAUGUAGUAGUCACCGUUAGGCCAGGAAGGCGUAUGUAGAUGCUGUAACCUCUUGUGGGGUGUCUACGUUCGAUUCAUAUUGAGCAUUGUCCAAACCAUACCAUCAAUACUCUCUUGUAGAUGUUUCACACCACGUGCUCUAUAUUCAUUGGAGCUGCACUUUUUGAGUCAAGUAUGAUGUAUGCGGUGGUUUGUUGCCACGACCGACACCAUCAAUCAUGCAGCUUUCUGACCACUAGAUUUUAUCAAUGUGUUUUUAAAGCUUGUCUGUAGUAAAUUAUGUAAAUUUCAUACUGCGUGUCUUUGUAUAUGUGUAAUAAGAGUAUUCUUAGAAGAAGAAAGAAAAAGCCUGGAAUGUUUCGCUGCUGUCAAAGAAAAGACCUGUUCAAAGUGGUGAGAACCUUUCUAGUGGAAUGGAAGCUUCUUCUGGCAGCUGUUGCUUGAAUAAUGGAGAUGAACGGCACAGCAUCGUUGGAUUUUACUUUAUUAAGACCUGAACAGGAGAAAGUUGAGCUUGUAAGGUGUGAGGAGCAAUCCGAGAAUGAUGAGUCAUCGGAGUACUGCUUUGCAUAUGCUGUUGUACUGUAACUGUUUGUGUAAUACACAAGAAGUGAACGCUUAACACCACUGUUUGAUAGAAUCCCAUGAACCGUCUGCUUGUUGAAAAGAGGGCUCGCUUCAUUGUACAUACGCUAGCCUAACGCAUCAACAGGAGUUCACUGUGAAAAGAAGUUUGCAUUGUGAAAGUAUAGUGCUGAAGCGAGUGCAAAGUCAGUAAUGGUUUAACUGUGGUGUUAGACAAGUUCUGAGUUUAAGUGAAAUUGAAGUUUCCUUCCCUUCUUUUUUCCCCCACGUGAUGCAACUUUUGAGACGAGCACUCGAUCAGAGGAUUCCUUGUACAGGCACCACUGGUUUUGUUUGGACAAUAUCCUGGUGCGCUUGCAACUCUCGACGUCUCAAGCAAGGCAGGAAAAAGAAAGGUUUGCUUCAGGUCAACCUCGACUUUCUGCCUUUCUCGGUUAUGCUGUAUGCAUACGAGAACAUAUCUGUAACGCCGUAUGUGCGUCUACCUUUUUACUGUACAGGAUUUCGCUGUGUUAGUUCUUCAGUGAGGUUUAGCUAGCGAGGCCUAGUCGAAUUGAAGCGAUGGACGGCACAUUGAGUGCACGAUUGUGCCAUUUAAUUGGCAACGCUCGAGCAGCACGUUGAGUUUUGUUAGUGCAGCUGCCAAGGUAAUGAUGCCGUGUGAGUUAGCCAGUCAGAAGCGCCCACCAAAUGGAACACCGUACUUCGGAGUCCCACUAAGCGUCUUUAUUUGUGCCGACUGUGGUUUAUAAGUUAUUUAAUGAGGCACCGCCUCUUUCUUUCGUCACUGCACGUGACAUUUCUUGCAACUACAGUGUAUGAUUGUGUGUUGUACAGCUGAUGUCGGCACGAGAGUUCUUUAGGGACACCUAAGUGUAUUGUGUGUGUGUGCAUGUGUGUGUGUGUUUUAAGAAUGUAUUCUGGGGCGCGUGAGCAGCACAAGGCUUCUUUUUUUUUUUUUUUUGCAAGUUUCUUUCAAUGCUGUGAGGAAGGAUUCCUUCUCAAAGCCAUCACAUUGAAAGUACUGAUACAGGCCACACUGUGCACUUCGAGUCAACGCACUGUGUCGUCACGCUCACUCCUUAAUUCUUGCCAGCUUGGUAGCUAUGCACUUGACGAAGUGUCAUCAGAGAACGCUUGCUAACGUGGUUUGUUGCGCUUAGUCUAAGACAAAGGUCCGGCUCAACAGACAUUGUCGUGGCGUGGAGGAAGGGUCACGCGCCCCGUAAUCAGUGCAAACGGUCGCUCCAUGAUUUUUUCUUCGUUUUGAGCAGCAAAAUGUGAUUGGGGGAGGUUGUCCGCAGCUGUACCGUGUACUUAAGUAGUGCCAAAGUUUCUGUUACCACUCGUCGUCUCAAACACACGACAUUCGCUGUAGAACUUUGCACCUCAGCUCUGUGUUCUCCCAGAAGUGCGACUGGAACGUCUUCCAAUUUAGGCCUGUACCAAGGGGCACCCGGAAAGCAAUGGCCUGUGUUGAUCUCCGAAGCCAUGCGUUUCAGCAGCGUGCCUCCGCAAAUUGUUCCGUUUGGUUUGCCAAUGAUCCUGGUGCAAAAUGCAGGGCCUUUAUUAGUAUGCACAUGUAAGGUUUCAUUAGCAACUUUUCUUGCUUCUUAAUCAGGGCACGCACACAGAUGUCUAGUGUUCUUAGGUUGACAGUUCUAGAACAUAGGCUUAUAGUCUGUUGUCGUAAAUAUAUUGAGCUACUACUUUGUUACCAGAGCAAAGAUGAGAGACAAGUGUUCGUUUGCCCUUGUAGUUAAGCAGUACGGUAUGCUUAUGUGCUGAAGCCCAACUAGCCCAACCAAUGGAUUCCUUGACUUUAGCAUUUAUUGCUACUUACAAUAACUCUCAAAUGUGCACCACUCUGUAGCUAACAGCCGCUAUGGUACGCAGAUAUAUGCUUGUGAUCUGUAGUUUACAAUUGAGGUCUGCAGAUGCAAAAUGUCUGCAAGUGCAAAAUGUCUGCAAGUGCACUUUUUUGGAAGAGACAUAAACAAGCUUGCUUGCCUGUGCCAUGCCCAUGCAAGCCUCUGAUCCUUCAGUCACGCUUCACUCUGUAGCAGUGGUUUACAAUCGGGUCUUUUGCAAAGUGUCAAUCUGAAGCAAGACUUUGAAGUUCAGUGCGCGCAAUCUUAGGCAAAUGCUUUUCAUUGAGCAAUUGCCAUCCGAGAUCUAGCAUAGCUUCUUCAGGUGUAGCUGCCAUCGCUGAUUGCACAAUGACCACAAAGAGACAGCGAUUUGUCUUCCUCCACACUGCUGUGGUCAACCUGAUUUUUUAGAGCCAUGUUUCAUUUUUUCUUUCUUUUUUUUACCAUUUGGAAUGGUAAUAGGAACUCAAUUAGUUGUAGGUACUGGAUCUUGCUGGACUGCAGGAAAUCAGUGUUUGAGUAAAGAGCAACAAGAUGUGGACAAAUGCUUGAGCAUAAUAUCAGUGUUAUGCCAAAUCUGCUUGUUUUAUUUUUUUAUAUUUCGUCCCCUGCUAUUGUGUUUCAAAAAGGCAGGCGAGUACAAGGCCUUGUAGUUAUUGUCAGCACACCUAUCGUGCAGUUCGAUUGAAGGCACUUUGCUGAAAAGAGAGGGGAGUUGCAUUGGCUGAGGUUGAUAAUUCAUUGUUUGCUUGCUAAAGGAACACACCUGAAAGACUUAGCUAGUGUAUUGUGCAGUUGUUGCAUCAGCUGGGCUCGACCACACGUUUUUUGGGCCAUACACACAAAUUGCAUCAAGCAUCACAGCCUUCAAGGCUACCUUGGGAACAGUGCUGUCGUGUGUUUCUUUGGUGAGAAAAAAAAAUUUUACUUGAAUGCAUUGUAUGAGGAACAAACUGUAGUUGGCUAUAUAUAUAUAUAUAUAUAGGUUGUCGGCAUUGUGAACUUUCAGAUGCCUCACGAGUUGGUUUGAGUCUGUGUAACUGCAUUCCCAGAUAAGCUGGCCCACUCCCGAUUCAUAAUGACAGCCGAGCAUGGAAGUCAAGUGUAGUUUCUUUUUCUUCUCUUCUUCUUUAGUUGCACAUCCUGCAAUCUUCACGUUGAAUACACUUCAAACUGUUGCUAGUCAGCUCAUGUCGUGGGCACCAGUGUGUAUCACCGCCUUAGAUGAGUGCAACCCCCUGAAACAUUAAGAGGUCGCCCGAUGUACCUAACACUAGCCACAGCUGAAACCAAUUCUCACGGCACUUUGUGCCACUUAUGUACAGUUGUGCUGAGCUGUUGCCGUGCGACAGGCUCGCUGUAACGACAAGAUAAAAUAGUGAAGUGCACUACACUGAGAGCCCAGUAGUACAGCAAGUGUCAGCAAAUCGAGUAGACAUAAGGCUGCUCCUUCAGCACUGCAGGUAGUCGCAGCUCUUUGCAGUUGCAUUGUGUGCGAAGCUUCACAUUGAAAUUCAGCCAUCACCUGUGACCAUGCUUGACAGCGUGCAGGCCGCUGCGCCCCCGCAGGACCGUAGAACAGAUUUCCAGUUGUGCCAGGCGACAAGCAUUCGGCAGCAGCCAUCAGCUAUCUCACGCUGGCGGAGAGGGUGCGACAAUCGUUAAGACUUUAAAUUCUAGGAAAAUGCAGCUUCACAGGUUGCGGCAUUGGCAGGAGCUGUGGAGAGCAUGACUGGUGAUUAUAAUAGGGACAAAAUGUCAUCGUACAGCACUGAGUGCAUAGUAGAAGAAAAAAAAAAAGAAAGCUGAUAUAACUUUUGCGGCCGUGGCACCAUUUGGUAUGCUUCCAUGCUGCACAUGGGGGAUGGCGUCACAAGUUAUUUCUCAUGAUGUUGCUGAUGUCACGAGAAAUAACUGUCUAUUUGCUUUUCAGUUUGCCAGUGAUGUGCGGGCUUUGUGGACGUUUUUCAUAGGGAAAUAAAUUGCAGAAUUGUUUACCACCAUGCAUUGCAUCGCCUGCACUUGAACGAUGUGUGUGUAUUAAAGAAAAGUCAAAGUCCUUCCGCACGUCCUUGCCCAAUACCGCGGGGCCAUUGCCCUACUGCUUUGUCAAUAUGCGUUCACAAAUGUGCUUUUGUUUUCCUGCGAGUCAAUUAUGAGCUUUGUAAAAAAAAUAUUUGCUUGUCAUAAAAAAAAUAGGGGUUGGGGGGGGAGUGCAGCUGUCAAGCAUAUUUCUGUACAGAGCUCCAUGAACAGUCGUAAAGAGCCCUGCGAUACUUUUGUGUGCUUCAGUAACAGUGGAGCACGUGUCGCUGCCACUUGUACUCAAACCCUGUGUCACUCUUUUUCUUUUUUUUUGAGAAGUUGCUUUUGUUUUGCUGAUUUUAACACGCUCAGUUGGCGCGCGCUGGCCGCCAUUUGGGAAGUCUGCUAAAGACUGACCUGUGCCAUAUCACUGAGCACUGCGCUUCUGAAAGCUCUUGAUUGCAUUGCUUUUGGUUCGUAUGUUGAAAAUAGCAAUAAAAAAAUGAACUAAAACAUC